CUUGAAGACGCACAACACCCCGAACCAUCAAAAGAAGCCCCCCGCUUGCUUUUCAAGUGUGAGUUGUCAUCCAAACUUCUCGAAAAGCAGUGAGCGGUCGAAAAGUAUGGCGGGUCAAGACGUCUCCGAGAAAGGGACAGAGAUUGUAUCGGAGGGUAAUUAUUCUCGAAAUAAGGUCGAAAUUGAGAUCUCGAGAGGGCGGAGCGCAAGUUGACUAAGUGAUAGAUCGAAAGUUUGUGCAUGUAGUGAGGAACAGAGGGGUCCAUGGGACCGACCACCAGCUACACUCAACUAGAGCCGGAUGGAAAAAAGCAGAUUGUGAACAUGGCAGACUGGACGGGAUUGGUGGAUGCAGGCAGAACCUACAAGCAGCAGCACAAGCUCGGUAUCAAUCGAACCAUCGCAGACAUGCCUUGUUUCUGACGAGUAGGAAUCGGUGACUUGAUUGAGACCGAGGGAACUGCAUCUGCACCAGAUAAGGGCUGGUGAUUCGGCAGCUUGCACUGAGUGUGUUUCACCAGAUAUCUUCUUUUCCACAUUUCAGCCCAAAGAAUGGACCGCCCAACCGUACAUGGACGAAACCAUGGCUAGGUCCCCAGAGAUCAUCGAGUACGAUGGCCCUUGCCGGUACGUACUUCGCGGCUCCGUAUCUGUGCUGGAGUUCGUACCGACUAGCAUGACCACGUUUGUAUGCCACGACUGCUCCCAAUAUGCCAGAGGAGGAAAGAAGGAAAACACCUCUCACCAGAAGGACGAGAUCCGCGUGAAGGCUGCAAUUGUAUUCAAGUUUCGACGAUCUUGUAGACUGGUUUCUCCUCUGAAGAAAGACAUGAGCUUUCGAGGAAGAAUGACAAAUGUUGAGCUUGGAUUUCAGGUAGUCAUUAACACGCUUUAUUACAACCCAACCUUCUGUAUCUUUACAAAUGAUGGAUUUGUUUCUGCAUUGUAUACGUAACUCGGACAUUGCUGAAAGUAAUAAAAAAAAUUGCA